AUGACAAGAGGCACGAUAAUUCUGCUGCAUUUCAUUGAUAUCAUUCCAGGUGCUAUUUUUGCAACAAUUUGCGGAAGGAUGAAAUGUUCCACGAAAGGGAGAAAUCGAGGAAAUCAGUCGAAGCAGACGAUAGUUGUCUUUGAGAGUGUUAUUGAGAGUUUUGUCUCAUCAUCGUUCCAUUUGUUCCUAUUUCUGCCGAUUCACAUUGCGCGCCGAUCUCUCGAGCCAUCGCCGGAUGCCACUCGCGGUGCCUUCAGUUCGCAUCCAUCUGUCCGCGUGAGCAGUGCUGCUCUUGUGCUGUGGGGCAUCUUGAGCCAGAGUGUGUGCGCGAUGGUGAAUAAGCAGUACAAUGUGCAAAAUAAGACGGGCAAGCAGCCGAAGAACUAUUCGCCGCCACCCAAGAGGGACUUAAGUGCUAUCUCAACUGUGCCAAACAUCGUGGACUCUGACACGGAGCCGCAGAGUCUCCCCAAUGAGUACUUCAGGAACAUCACCGACAACUAUUCACAGUGCGCGAGUGAGAAAGAUCCCGACAGUUGUGACCGUGUGAGUGCCAAGGAGCUCUCAAUUGGCGACAUCGGGCGCUUUCAGUAUAUCCUUCAGAUGGAUAAAGAGAUGGGCUCACACCCGGACUCACUCUACAGAAUACCCACCAGACCCACAAAUUCAUCCAGCACAUCAUCGUCCAACUCGAUUGGCAGCAAUCUGCACAACAUUGGCUUCUGGAAGGCGACCGGGAGUCAGACACCAAUCGCCUCCACAUCGUCCAGUCGCCGGAGAUGGAGUGACAUCGAGAGGGUCUUCAGCAAAUGCUGGCAAUACAUCAAGUGGCCGCUGGCACUUGUAUUUAUAUGUGCAGUUCUAGGAGUAGUUGUAUACUUUAUAGUUGUUGAGAGUGAAAUCAAUAGCAAUCUCGUGGGGAGUGAGAAUCACGUAGUCUCGCUGGACACUUCGAUAGAAUCGGACUUGACGGUGGACUUCAAUGAUCUGGAUAAGUUGAAUGAUGACGCGAGAGUGGAGCGACCGAGAGUAAUAAAUGGCCAUGCGAAUGCAUACAAUGUCAGCGGAGCGACACUCAAUCAAACUGACGAGUUGCUGGAAGUGAUCAAGGGCCCGGACUUGGCCAAUAGACUCAACGAUGACUCAGAGGUGUUUGCCAUUUUUGUGAAGAAGCCCUCCAGCACAACAGAACAAUCAUCGACGGAGAAUUCGACAAACGACAGCGUGACACCAACGACAAUCCGCCAAACUGCAUCAUCAACCACAACAGAGGCGGCGCGGAGUGCAGUGAAGUUCAACGUGCCAACAAGGGAAAGUCUGCAGCAAUAUGGAUUCACGUCGGGCCACCAGAACAACUUUGGCAUCCCAAUUGAGGAGGACGAGCGGAUUCUCAGUCUGCUGAAUGCGGAAUUGAUCAAGAGUCAAAAUGGUUCGUCCUCGCUCUUCUCCACCACCGAUUCCAGUGUCUACAGAACGAGAGUGUCUCCCACAUUGCCCAUCAUCUCGAGAGUUGACCACACAACAGAGGGACUCAAGAGCAACGGGAGUGACGAUGGCAUCUGCAAGUCAACCUCACUGCCGCUCUGUCGCGGCGUUCUGCCCUAUGAUCUGACGUCACUGAACCGAAAGGCCCUGAGCCAGGUGGAGAUAGAUCAUUUGCAUUAUCUGAUCGAGGCGCAGUGCUCAAUUCGGGCGGCAGAGUUUGUCUGCACCAUCCUCGAGCCCGAGUGUCGACCCGCGAAAAUGGGCAAUCCACUGCAACCGUGCAAGAGAAUAUGCAAAUCCAUCCUCGAGGCGUGCAGCCACGUGAUCGCCAGCUCGGAGAUUCUCACCACGAUGUUCGAUUGCGACAGCUAUCCAGACUCGCUGGAUCGCAAUGUGUGCGAAGAUCCGACAAGACGUGGGAAAUGCUACAAGAACGAAUUCAAGUGCUUGGACUCGACAUGCAUCCCACUCCAGUGGAAGUGUGACAACAUUAAAGAUUGCGCCGAGGGCGAUGAUGAGGAAAAUUGCAAAUUUUGCGAAACAAAUGAAUUUCGGUGCGUCUCCAAUGAGAAGUGCAUUCCGGACAAGUGGCGAUGUGAUCGCUACAAGGACUGCCCGGAUUCGUCUGAUGAGCUGGACUGCGAGGAGGAAGAGGACGCCAGGAGCUUCCCGCUGUCGUACGGGAAUGCGAGGGUGUAUCCGUUCGUGCACGAGCAAUCGCCGAGCAAUCCCAAUAGCCGACCGUAUCUCACCAUUUCGGGCGAUGAUCGGCUGAAUGCGGGCGAAGCGAGCAAGCCGGCCGACGGUGAGAAGGACAUCUACGCUUUCUCAGACGAUGAUCACUUCGAGCGAUCCGUUCCGAGUGUCACACUUCCGCCAGAAGACGCCAAGGCGCACCGCGAGAGUGACAACGACGAGAUCCAAAGUGAAGCGGCUUCCGGCCGAGCGGUGCUGUUCAGCAAGAGUCUGGCCAACUUCCAAGACAGCAAAGAGAUAAUGAUGACAAGUGAUUCUGAGGCGGACUACAAGUACUCGAGCACUGAUCGUGUCACACUGAGAACAGCCCACAUUUCCCCGUGUCCGGAAGGUGAACUGCGAUGCAUCAGCGGCCGCUGCAUUUCCGUGAAUCAACUCUGCGACAAGAUCACCGAUUGCCCAGAUGGAGCCGACGAGGCGAUGUGUGUGUACAAGAAUUAAGCCAUCCACAGCUGUGGCAGCUCAAGAGGGAUUUUGUGUCCACCCGAGAAGAAACUCCUCCGCAAAACACCCAAGUGGAUUUCCUGUCAACUUCAUAUCUCUCUUUUCUCCUUUCAACUCUGGCGCGCUGUUGACACGAGCAAAAAAACCACUCACCAUCAAAACGAGUAUUAUUAUUUAAAGACAAUCUCACUCUUCCUAUAUCUCUAUCUGUAAUUUUAUUGUGAUAAACACUAGAUUUAAUUGGAGACUCACUGUCAUUCUAAUCCCAUAUUUGUAAACUGUGUAUUCUUGAAAUUCAUUGUCUCUUCCGCAAUAUUUUCGCUCAAUUUCUUUCUAAAAUUUAUCAACAUCGCGAAUCUUGAGGAUUUUUCAAUUGAUUUCUUUGGAUGUAUUUUUUGUUGUUGUAAAGAAGAGGAAUCUGUAAAAAGUUGUAAUGAAUGUAUUUUGUAUAAUGAUGAAAAAUAUAUAACAUGAUGAAAGUGUUGAUCUUCACUCACAUGGAAUUAAGAUUUGUUGUAUAAUU